AUGCGAGAAUCGCAACCUCCAACACCAGUGCCGACGAGCCCGCCCUUCUUUCUCGACAAAAUCUUCAAAGGAUCACACAAAAUUGCCAAGAAGCCUCCCCCUCACCAGCUGUCGGCGGGGAGUGAUCCCUACCACGACUUGCACUCCCCAAGCCGCUACAGCCCCAACAGACACAGCAACAACAGCGUCCUCUACAACCCCAGCUACAGAAACGUCGAGUUUGACCCCAGCUACACUGACAGGGGUUAUGGGGAUGGACUUCCUUUCGAUGAGGGGAUCAUGGAGGAUGGGAGAGGUCGAGGUGGGGGGGUUGGGGAGGAAGCAGGAAAUUUCUUCAAUAUCUUCAAUUCUGGGGCUUCCGCUGUCAAGUCCAUAGGCGUAGCGCCAUCGCUGAUGCUGCUGUUGCUGCAGAGUCGCUGUUGAGGUCGGCAUGGGAGCUGCAGCAAACACGA